CAGUCUUAUCUGCCACGGGGCCAGAAAGGGAGAUUUUGGAGACAACAAUCUCUUUUUGGCACGCCCGGUGGGACCCACUGUGGGCUUUCACAAGUUUGUUGAUCAUAUCCUCUAUUACUAGAUUGUGCCACCAUGGCAAGUCCUUAUUUUGAUGAUUGCCAGAAGCUCUUCAUCACUCCGCCACAAGCUUCCUCUUAUGUCAAUCCACUUUAUGAUGAGAAGGCAACAGCUGACAGUGAGUCUUUCAAAUCAUUUGCUAAAAGGAUAGCUGAUUUUGCUGAGGAAUCUAAUAGGCUUCAUGAGGAACGCAUGAGGAGGUUGGAGGAAAAGUUGAAAGGAUACAAAUCAAAUCUUCCAGAACUUAAAACCCCUCAACCCAAAAGUGAGGUUUUAAUGGAGGAUUCAAAGAAGUGCCAUGCAGCCGCAUCUCCAGGAACUUUGAAGCAGUUUUGCAAAUCGCAAAACGUGACAAAGAUGCCAAUUGUAAAUGAAGGUCAAACGACACUAAGGCAAGAGAAUAACCCCAUGAUCAUACUUGGGGGGCAUGAAUCACAAUUACAGCGUGCUACCCAAAGUCAGCAACGCCAUGCGGCUUUGGAGGCGACUUCAACAAGUAUGCCUCCAAGUCAUUCUAAGUCUGCAAAGACUAAUACUAGCGAUAGUCCUCUUACUCCUGAGAAGCAUAAACCAACUCAGGUGCAAACAUGUCAGCCAUCGAUCAAUGAAGGUCCAUCUAAUGGCCGACAAAAAGUUGAUGUUGCUACACAAAAGCCAACACUUUGGCCAGCAUCAGGACAUAAAUCUGAUAAGGUAUCCACCUCAUCUAUUUCUACUUCUUUUGAGACUAAUGAGCAUAUUUCUUUAGCCUUGCUUAAGAAGUGCUCGCGACGACCAUGCUUUCUUAAUGGUCGAAGCCCUUCCAAGUUCAAUUAUGGACAAUGGCUAAAGGUGAAAUAUCCUUUUAAAGUCGUUAGUCUGAAGAUGGGAGUCAUUUCCAGUCUCGGGGGGCAACCUAAUCAGAUUGAACAAUAAAAGUUGCAAGACCUUAUUGCCAAUGAAGUUCACAAAGCUAUAGAAAAAGAGGUAGCAAGGCAUAAGUUCAUAUUCCUUCUAAAAAUCUCCUUUCACAAAGCAAUCUUAUAAAUUGAUAGUUUCUGACAAUCUCUUCUUUAAUAUCUCAAACAUAAAAGAAAUCCAGACACAACACGACACAACUUCACAAAUUUA